GCUGUGUUACCAGACUUAUUUUUGCUGUCAAUAUUUAUGACAUCUUGCAACACACAUAUUUAGUCAACAACGCUUUUAUUUUGAAACGUCUAAGUAGAUGCAAUUUGUAGCCUAUUGAGGCUUACUUGACACUUCAACGUGAACACACACACACACACACACACACACAAACACACACCUUCGUUGCUCCAGUGUGCUGGCUCGACCCUACUACAUACAGACAGGGAAGUCUCCACACGCACAAGACUGUCUGCGGCGCACUUGUUAUCACAACAGAGAUGAUUGAAACUUGACCGGGAUUUCUGACUGUGUGAGGAACAACCAUCCCUACAGGAGGCUUCCAAUCCAGCGCUGACGGAUCCCUUCUGUGCCAACACAGAGAGGGGAUUUAGAGUCUGUGCUGCACUGGGGAAGUUCAGCUCCUCCACCAGCAGUGCUCAGAAGUAACAGCGGAAUACAAAAAGCAGCCUCUGUUUACACAGACUCAUCACGCUACCGCUUUUAUCCUCACUCCUGACCUGGCUUCUCAUCAAUUGUCUCCUGUCCUCAAGGGAAGUUUUAUCCCUUAACGACAUCUAUCACGUCAUCUCGCCUCCCCGUUUAUUCAUCUCAUAAUGAACUCCUCUGCAUCCAUUACGUCCCUAUUCUCCUUCACCAGCCCGGCGGUGAAGCGCCUGCUUGGCUGGAAACAAGGGGAUGAGGAGGAGAAGUGGGCAGAAAAGGCUGUGGAUUCUCUAGUGAAGAAACUGAAAAAGAAGAAGGGGGCGAUGGAGGAGCUGGAGAGAGCCCUCAGCUGCCCUGGGCAGCCCAGCAAGUGCGUGACAAUUCCACGGUCGCUGGACGGCAGGUUGCAGGUGUCCCACAGGAAGGGACUGCCCCAUGUCAUCUACUGCAGGGUGUGGCGCUGGCCUGAUCUACAGUCCCACCACGAGCUCAAGGCCCUGGAGUGCUGCGAGUUCCCCUUUGGCUCCAAGCAGAAGGACAUCUGUGUCAACCCGUACCACUACAGGCGCGUGGAGACUCCAGUGCUGCCGCCAGUUCUGGUCCCUCGCCAUAGCGAGUUCAACCCUCAACACAGUUUACUGGCAAAGUUCAGGAACGCCUCACUGCACAAUGAGCCUCUGAUGCCCCAGAACGCCACCUACCCCGACUCCUUUCCUGCGCUGCCCUGCUCCUCCUUCUCCUCUUCCCCCUCAUCCUCCCUCGCCCAAUCUCCCACCUCACAGAGCUACCCCAACUCCCCCAACAGCUCUGCAGAGCCUGGGAGCCCGUAUCACAUCACAGCUGAGACUCCACCACCUCCGUACAGCAUGAUGGAGACAAGCCCUCAAGAGGAUGUAAAGCCCAGCAACUCCACAGAAACCAUUAAACUCACAUUUUCAGCACCGCACAGAGAUUUACGGCCCGUAUGUUACGAGGAACCGGAGUACUGGUGUUCAGUAGCUUACUAUGAGCUCAACAACCGGGUGGGGGAAACUUUCCACGCGUCGUCCCGCAGCGUCUUGGUGGAUGGCUUCACAGACCCAUCCAACAACAAGAACCGCUUCUGCCUUGGCCUGCUAUCCAACGUCAACCGCAACUCCACCAUUGAACACACACGCAGGCACAUAGGCAAAGGUUUACACCUGUACUAUGUGGGUGGUGAGGUGUACGCGGAGUGUCUGAGCGACAGCAGUAUCUUUGUCCAGAGCCGCAACUGUAAUUUCCAACAUGGUUUCCACGCUACCACAGUGUGCAAGAUCCCCAGCGGCUGCAGCCUCAAGAUCUUCAACAAUCAGCUGUUUGCCCAGCUCCUAGCCCAGUCUGUUAACCAUGGCUUUGAGGUCGUCUAUGAACUGACUAAGAUGUGUACCAUCCGAAUGAGCUUUGUUAAGGUAUAAAGCUUCUAGUCCAACUGGAAAGAGGCCAAAAUGCCACAGAAAUAUAGAUAGUGAUCAAUUUUU